ACUUGUCAACUUUUUGGAUAAAUCAUAGAAUUUAAUGACGUUUGUGAUGUAGAAAGACUUAAAAUAUUUGAAAUAUUUUCAAUAGAAUCACGAUGAUCAAAAAUGUAACAUAUACUAUUUUCAUUAUAUUUUACAUUAUUUUCAAAGUACGAGCUCUACCAGAUGAAGGAAAGUGGAAUGAAAAUUUAUCAUCGGGAUAUAACAAUAUAUUUCUGUCUAAAAGUUUAUAUAAAGGUGCGGAAAUCUUAAUCGGAAUAAAUUGUGAUUCCCAAAUUCAAAAUUCAAAAAUCGGCAUAAGUUUAGUUAUCAUUCAGUCCAUCUGUUUCGAUAUUAAAGAUGCUCUCAACAAAAUUAAACAGGAAAUCACCUUACCCCCCUCAGAUAGUAAAAACUCUUCUAAAAUUUACCAUACUAGUGAAAUAUAUGAUUGUAACGAUAAAAUUUUCAUCAAAGAAAACACUGCCACAACUUCUGCACCAAAGAAUCAUACCAGCAAACAACCGGUGCAUAAAAUAAGCCAUGAUGGUGUGUACGUUCUUGCUCUUAAAGUUAGCACAAACACUUCUCGAUACAGUGUAGGAGUUCAUAUAGAAAUGAAAAAUGAUUAUGGUUAUCUCUCUGCUGCAGAUUGGCCCUUACUGCCAUUUUAUGGGUUUAUGUGUAUAUAUUACGUCAUUUUGGGAGUAAUAUGGUUAAUACUAUCAUUUUUACAAUGGAGAGACCUUUUAAGAGUUCAGUUUUGGAUUGGAGGGGUUAUAUUAUUGGGAAUGUUAGAAAAAGCAACUUUCUAUGCAGAAUUUCAAAGUAUAAAUAACACCGGAGUUAGAGUACAAGGAGCUAUGCUGUUUGCAGAAUGGAUAUCUUGUGCAAAAAGAACACUAGCCCGUAUGCUUGUUGUCAUUGUAAGUUUAGGUUUUGGUAUUGUUAAACCUAGACUGGGUGCAACUUUGCAUAGGGUGGUUGGUGUUGGGCUUUUAUACUUUUUUCUAGCUGCAUCAGAAGCUUAUCUGAGAAUAACUAAGGCAAAAACUGAUAGUAAUAGAGAUAUGUUAGUGGCUUCUGUACCUUUGGCAGUAUUAGAUUCUGCUAUUUGUUGGUGGAUAUUCUCUGCUUUAGUAAAUACUACAAGAACUUUACGAUUGAGGAGGAAUGAAACUAAAUUAACUCUUUACAGACAUUUCACCAAUACUUUAAUAUUCUCAGUAUUGGCAUCUGUUUGUUUCAUGUUAUAUUGUAUCAAAGAUCACCGCUUUGUUGAAUGUUUAGUUGUUUGGAAAGAUAUCUGGAUCGAAGAAGCUUACUGGCAUAUUCUUUUCUCUGUAUUAUUGUUAGUAAUAAUGAUAUUAUGGAGGCCAACAAAUAAUAAUCAGAGAUAUGCUUUUGUUCCACUUCUGGAUACUGGUGAUGAUACAGAAGAAGAAGAACAGCUUGUUAAUGAUGCUUAUGGUGUUAAAGUUAGAGUACAUCAUCCUAAGAAUAACACACCUCAGAGGACUUCAAUUGACGAUGAUCUCAAAUGGUUGGAAGAUAAUGUUAAAAGUGAUCCAGCCCUACCUAUUUUAGAUUCAGAUGAAGAACUUGUUAAUACAAGAUUUGAAGUAUCCAAGAUGCAGUAAAUCUAUCGACCUUUAGGUACUUAUUUAUUUGAAUUAAGUUGAUUGUGCAGAAAAGACUGACGAUUAACCAACUUUUAAAUAAUUGUAAAUCUAUAAGAGAGGAUAUGUAAAUUGUAAAUACAUGAAAAUAUUUUCUCGAGAAAAUUUUAUUAUAUCAAUAAUUCGUUAUAUCAGAAUACAAAAAAUAAAUAGUUAUAGCACAUUCUACUAACAAAUUAUUGAGAAUGAGAUAUUCUUUCAUAAUAUGUAUCGAUAAGAUAAUCUUUAGAAAAUAUUCUUAAUAGCCAAGACAACUCUGUAAAUACAGCUCAGUAUUCCUUAUCUUAGUAAUAGCAUACAUAUUAUAAAAAAAAUAUUUGUAAUAAGUUUGCUAAUUGUAAUUAAUAAUUUUUAAUCACUUAAAGCUGCUUUAAAAUAAAAUAAAUCAAAAAAUCUAGUCAUUCAUCUGCAUUAUAACUUUGCUUAAUUUGAAGUCCUAUGAGAAUUGAACAUGAUAAUUUAAUACUAAAUUGUACAAAAUGUAAUUUACUCUUCAUAUUUUACAAAGAAAUAAGUAUUCUGUUCAAGUGCAAAUAUAUAUUUUUAAAUAUUUUUUUCUCAAGAGUUCGUACAGUGCUUCCAACUUAUCAUGAAAUUGUCAGUUUUACAUCUUGUGAAAAUCAUCGCUUUAUAUUUCCAAAUUAGCUCAAGUCGUAAGAUUCAACCGAUUCCUCCUUUGUUAUUCAGUCCCAUGUUAUUUAGGUUUGUUUCUAGAGGGCAAUGCUCUAUUGCUGAAGUUAUGGGUUUUAACAAAAGUAUUUGGAUAUUUUGAACGGUUGACGAAAAAAAUAUUUUGAACAAGUGCUACUUUUCCGUUAUACUCAUUAAAGUAGGAAUUAUAAGUUUUGUUUACAUUUAGUUCAUUUAUGAACCAUUAUAUUGUUUUCGAUGUUAUUCAUGAUCUAAGAAGAAACGUUGAGGAUUCAUUUCAAAAGUUCUGUCACGAUUCCGCCAUAUAAGAAUGAAACUUGUUCUGUUGAAACUGUUUGCCCUCAAGACCUACUCCUACUUUAAAAGAAAAAACACUUUUCAUAGAUUUUUACAUUCAUUUGCAAGAACAAAGAAUUCAAUUAUUUGAUAUGAUUCAUCAUAGUUUGCAAUCAAGAGAAUAUAUAAUUAAAGCAUUGGAAUUGGUUCUUGACUUUCAACAAGAGUCCUUGUGCAGCCAUCAACUAUACAACGAUUUACUAUUUUUUGAUAAUUAUCACAAAAGUCAUUUAUUCUACAACUUUUAAUAGUUAUUCAUUAUACGAGUGUACAAAAGUUCUUCACGCACGAGUAUCAUACAAUAUUUUAUCUACCAUCACAUAAAAAAUACUUUUGUUGCAAACAGAACCAUAAUUUAAAUUCAUGGUAGUUUUCAAUAUUGAAUAAUGGAACCAUAACUUUGAUCAUUUCCAUUGACAUUGGGAGAAAAAUGCAAUAGGAGUAUUUUCCGGGUUAGUUUUGAUUUUUUUUGGUGUUUUACCAAACCUAAAAAAAUUGCUAUAUGGCUUCACGUAUAUUUUUAUGAAGCAGGUUUUGAGUUACAUUGCACUCAAUUUCAGGAGGAGUGCAAUCAGAUUCUUCUUCCGUGUUUAUGUAGCUUAAAACAAUCAGUGUUUUAUCAUUCAAAAUUUGAAAAAUAUUUUGCAAAAUUACGAUGACGUUUUACACUUUUCUUAAUGACAUUAGAAAAAUUAUUACAAUUACUGAACCAUUGUCAGAAGACACAACACAAAAUUAUCUAAGGUAACUUGAUAAAUAUUCAAAUAAAGAAUGUUAUAAAUAAUGAUAAUUCAUAUAUGUAUUACUUCUAUAUGGAUAGUUCCUAUAAGUGGAAGCUGUUCCGACUAAAGAAGACAUAAUGACUACGAUUUCUCUAUCCUCCGAGGUUCCAGACCGGUUCUGCGCAUUCUCAAGCACGCGCAGUAUAGACAAAGUGUCUCGAACGAGAGAGAAAAUGAGUAUAGUUGGCACCGUAACGUAGGGACGUUUUUUCCCAUAUAGAAGUAUUACAUAUAUGUGAUUAUUUCAUUUAAAAGGCAUUGUUUUUUUUUUCGCUUAUUUAUAAUAUGUAAUUUGACGUAUUUAUAUGAGAUUUUAAAUGUUUAAUUUUAAUGGUGGUCGUAAAUAAAACUUUUUAUGAUGAUUCUAAACAAUAACAAAUAGACGCCAUUUCCCUAUCUAGUCUCCGUGAAAAUACUUCAUAACUGGUGAGAACUUCAAUUUUUUUUGGUUCAUUGAUAUCAAUAUUUGCAUUUCCCAUUUUAGAAUAUGUUGUUUAUCAAUUUUAUGAAUAAUUAUAUUCUCUCAAUACAGUUUCUUUCAAUAGCUGUGAAUCAAAUUAAGGAUGUGUUGUUGGAUAGCACUAACCUUUUUUGAGAAAGGAUGAAAUGAAUUAUUUUAAAGAGUUUUGAAUAUAAUUAUAUAUUUCUGUUAUUGUGUAAAAUUAAGAAAAUUUAUUUCACAAUUUUGGUUAAACUCGAUUGAAAAUUAACGUUUUUUAUGAUAAAAAUUGAAUAUUUGGCGUAUAUUUCCAAUAUCGGUUUUUAGUACAGCAGAGUUAGUUCUACAACUCUAAUGAAUUUAUUUCGAGUUUUAUGUUUUUGUAUUUCAUCCCAUUUUUUCUUCAAUAUUUUAAAAUUGUACUAGAAAUAUUUCUAUAUAAAGAAAAUAAAUAAAUAUCUGAUCCGAUUCU